CUACUUAGCAAAUUGAUUUCAUGCAUCGUGAAACAAUCAUGCUAGUCUGCAACAAUAUUUAGUCCAAAAGGCAUUACCAGGCUAUUUGUACAAAAAUAUGUUACGAUGACGAGAUUCCUGUUACUCCUGCUCGUUUUAUUCAUUUUCGAUUCGUUGAACAUUGCAAAGGCAAAUUCAGAAGAAACAACAAAUAGUAGCGGAAAUACUAAUAAUAACGAUGAUGAUGGUGGUGAAUCAGACUCGAUACAAGUUGUUCAAAGGGACAUAGUAACAAAUACACCCAUCCUAACUGAUAAUCGUGAUGAUAUACUUGAAAAAGAUGAUGAAAAAACCGAUUCACAGCAAGAAAUGUUGAGAAAUAUUGAUACAACUGAGGCAGAUAUAAAGUACGACCAGAGUCUUGAUCAAAUUAACAAUGAUUCUACUGACGCAGUAUUGGAAAACCCACAGGAUAACAUUACAGAGUUAUCUUUGCCUAGUAACACGACUGUAGAAGUGCAAAACGACGAAAACAAUAACAAAGAAUUUAACAAUAAUAAAGUAAAUACAAAUCAAACCAAUGCAAAUGAUGAACAAAGUCAAGCAGAUGAUGUUAAUGCAGAAAGUAAUGAUUGGAGAAGUGCUGAGAAAUCUGAUGCCUCAGGAGAGAAAUUUUCAAAUGAAAGGAAUGUACCACGUGCGGAAACUAGUAUUGAAGGUGACCUUGAAGAGCUUAGCACCGAAGGAUAUCAGGAUAAGAAAGUUAGUGAAAGUUUUGAGUUACCAGAGCCAAGGCAGCCUGAAAGACGAUCACAUUUUGGUGGAAAAUUCAUGCAUGCUCAAAACUUUGCAGCGCACGAUGACCAUACGUCUAUUUUUGAACAAAGCCCUAUGAGAAGAUUCGGUGAUGUAUCAGUACCUCAAUACCGACCCGUUUUGACUAGAGGUGGAAUCGUAUUCUCCCCGUCGAUGUAUCCAAUGCAGCCAGGGACUUCACUGCUAGAGCGGUUGACGGGACGCUCCUUUUUCCCUCACAUCCCUCCUCACAUAAACCUGGGACAUGAAUAUUUUCACAAACAACCAAAACCGAAAAGUAGGAUAAUUUCAGUGCCUCGGUAUGAAGAUUCGAAAAUGAUGGAAGAUUACAAUGACUAUGGGCCAAAUACUAAUACUUACUCAUACACUCCAGUCAGGAAAGUAACGACGCAAGUGCCCCCGCAUCAAAUCGCUGCUCCAAAGAAAUUCAAUGUUUUUCAAAAACUUGCAGAGGCUUCGAAUCAUCCUGUAAAUAAUAAGCCUAUGAGAAGAUCAUUCAACGACUUUUCUAGCUCUCAAAUACAAUAUCCCGAAAAUUAUGGAUCAUAUGGACGAAGAAUGUACUAAAAUGUAAUUGAUGAAUCGUAUUUUCAAACCAGUUUAAGACUUCAAUAAAUGUUUAAUUUUAAUAACUUA